GUCAGUUUUCAAGACAUGCGGCGGUUCCCCGGCUUCCAUCUUGGAUUAUGUUCGUUUGAGAAGCCGGGUCCUCGCAAAAUAUUCGAGUUACGUGGAUCGUGCGUUUCGCCAUAAUCAUCUAAAACGCUGUCUUAGUAUUUCUUUACAAUAAUUCAAUUCGUCAACAAGGCAUUUUACAAUAUUGGUGUUCGGUAUGCUUUAGCAUUUAAAGAUAAAUUUUCUUCUAGAGAGUAGAUUAAACUCUAAGUUUAAGGUUAGGAUUUCCAAACAACAAAUAUCUCGAAAAAUCUCCAUCUUUUUGUUAUAAUUUCACGCAAUUGUCUUGAUUGUUACAGGGUUGACAAAGCAUCUAUAUGUUAGUCGUUUGGUGAACGGCUAUGUUGGUGUAGAUGUUCGUCGUAUGUUUCCUAUAAAUCGACAAAAAGAAAGUCCAUUGAUUAAUAGUGUUAACGAUACAAAUAAUAUUUGUUCCGACAUAUACGACAGAAUGGCAUUGCCAAGUAGAGCACGUGUUUAUGCCGAAGUCAAUUCACACCAAACAAGAGAGUAUUGGGACUAUGAAUCUUACGUAGUAGACUGGGGACAACAAGACGAUUAUCAGUUAGUAAGAAAAUUAGGAAGGGGAAAGUACAGCGAAGUAUUCGAAGCAAUCAAUAUCACAAACAAUGAGAAAUGUGUUGUGAAAAUAUUAAAGCCUGUGAAAAAGAAGAAAAUUAAAAGAGAAAUAAAAAUCUUGGAAAAUCUCAGGGGUGGAACUAAUAUUAUAACACUUCAAGCGGUCGUUAAGGAUCCUGUUUCGAGGACACCUGCAUUGAUAUUUGAAUAUGUCAACAAUACAGAUUUCAAACAACUUUAUCAGACGUUGACAGAUUAUGACAUUAGAUAUUACCUUUAUGAACUCCUCAAAGCAUUGGAUUAUUGCCAUAGCAUGGGCAUUAUGCACAGAGAUGUUAAGCCGCACAAUGUUAUGAUUGAUCAUGAAAAUCGUAAGUUGCGCUUGAUUGACUGGGGGUUAGCAGAAUUUUAUCACCCAGGACAAGAGUACAAUGUACGUGUAGCUUCUCGAUAUUUUAAAGGACCAGAAUUACUUGUUGAUUAUCAGAUGUAUGACUAUUCCUUGGACAUGUGGUCUCUAGGUUGCAUGUUAGCGAGUAUGAUAUUUAGGAAAGAGCCAUUUUUUCAUGGUCAUGAUAACUAUGACCAGUUGGUAAGGAUCGCUAAAGUUUUAGGCACAGAAGAAUUGUUUGAAUACCUCGAUAAGUAUCAUAUUGAACUUGAUCCUCGAUUCAAUGACAUUCUGGGCCGUCAUUCCCGAAAACGUUGGGAACGUUUUGUGCAUUCAGAAAAUCAACAUUUAGUAUCGCCUGAAAGCCUUGAUUUUCUUGACAAACUUCUCCGCUAUGAUCAUUAUGAUAGAUUAACUGCGCGAGAAGCGAUGGAUCAUCCAUAUUUUUAUCCUAUAGUUAAAGACCAAGCUCGACUUACAAUGGUCUCGCCUUCACCUACUCCCAUGGCAGGCUCGAUGCCUGUAGGUGCCCAUAACGAGACUAUGAACUCAUUGCCAGCUUCUGGAUCGACUGGACAAGAAAAUAUGAGUGGAGUAGCCGUAGGCAUGGGCCUCUUAGAGGAACUUGCUUCACUUCAGCCGAUACCACAGCUUUCAAAAGUUCAACAUUAGUCAAAGUCGAGUAAAAAAUAAAACAUCCAAACAUCUUCAUUACACUCAUAUAUGGAUUAAAUAAUACCAUCGACAACAGAUACUUUUAAUUAAUGGCAUUCCGGCUUAUCAAUUCGACGGCAACAAUGUUUUUCAUUAAGACUGAAAUAUGUCAUUGAUCAUUUUUUAAAAUAGCUGUCUGGAUUAUAAACAAAUUUAUAAAGUACUUAGUUGAUUCGACAAUAUAACACAUUUAAACAAAAGAGAGGGGAAAAUAUUAAUAAUUAUAAUGAUAAUGAAUAAUAAUAAUGAUUUCAUAUAAUUAAAAAAACUGUCUAUAAUUGUUUGGAUGAUCUGACUGGUGACUUUAUAAGCCAUCAAAAGAUCAAUCAUCAUAUAGCUUGCGAAUUUGAUAGCAAUGUUCCUGUAUCUGUUAUGUUUACAUCAUAAUGCCGUUUUUAUUUUCUGUACGAUCAUGAUUGAUAAUACAGUUCGUUAUAAAGCAUGAAAAACUGACCAAGAGACAGCCAAUACAUUUAUAAGUAUAAAAUAAAAUUUACAUUCACUCUCUUAUCUGUACAUGUAUACACGAAAGAAAAUUUAGUAAAUUUAAUUUAGCUUGUUUAUUAAUAUUCAAAGAAUCCUCCACUUAUAUCAAAUGACACAAAAUCGCGGAAUAAAAUGUUUGUUAUAGCCAAGAGUUCAUCACCAAUUAUAUAAGAUUUUAUUAUAUAUCUCCCAAUAAAUUCCCAAUUAAUAAAUAAA